AUGACAGGAUUAGAGGCGUUGAUCUAGAGAUCUAGAUCAGCUGACCACACGUAGCAGUACAACAUACAACAACAGCAACUCAGCUUUUUGACCAAACGGCGAUCAAGAGAGCAAACGAGGAUUCAAAAUGGGUUGGACACUGAAUCAGAUGGGUCUGGCACUCAUGAUGUUUAUCACAGGGUCUAUUAACACCCUAUCCACCAAAUGGGCUGAUAAUGAAGAGGCCAAAGGUAGAGUGGGAACGACCCAUUCUUUUGACCAUCCAUUUCUCCAGGCCGUGGGAAUGUUUUUAGGGGAGAUGUUAUGUCUGGCCUUUUUCCGUGCUUUACUCAUCGUGAAUGUGCGUCGCGAUCGAGACAUGGAGCUAGGAAAUCAGCAGUUCCGUCCCAUCAUAUUUUUACCAGCAGCACUGUUUGACAUGUGUGGAACAUCACUAAUGUACAUCGGCCUCAACCUGACCUUUGCCUCAUCUUUCCAGAUGUUGAGAGGCGCAGUCAUCAUUUUCACGGCACUGCUGUCCGUGGCCUUUCUGGGGCGCUCCAUCAAACUGGUCGGCUGGCUGGGGAUGUUCUUCGUCAUUUGUGGACUAUGUGUUGUGGGGCUGUCAGACAUCCUGUUCAAUUCUCAAGACAUCCAUGAUAUGAAUGGCAUCAUCGCUGGUGACCUUCUGAUCAUCAUGGCUCAGAUUAUUGUUGCUACUCAGAUGGUGUAUGAAGAGAGGUUUAUCCUGAAGCACAACAUCCCAGCUCUACAGGCUGUAGGAUGGGAAGGUGUUUUCGGUUUCUCGGUCCUGGGUUUUCUUCUAAUACCGUUCUACUUCAUCAAUGCUGGCACGUUCAGCAAGCUGCCAGAUAACAAACUAGAGGAUGCCAUUGAUGGCUUGAUUCAGAUUGGCAACAACUGGAAAAUUGCUCUGGCCACAUUAGGGAAUGUGCUGAGUAUCGCUUUCUUCAAUUUCUCUGGCAUCAGCGUUACCAAGGAGAUGAGUGCCACCACGAGGAUGGUUCUGGAUAGUCUGCGUACUGUCGCUAUCUGGGUGGUCUCCCUUGCAGUGGGCUGGCAGACAUUCCAGUAUCUCCAGCUUGUUGGCUUUGCCUUGUUGCUUCUAGGAAUGUGCCUCUACAAUGAAGUCAUUAUCGUGCCGUUCUUAAAAUGGAUGUGGAAAAGAACAGUUAUUCUCUUACGGCCUGACCAUCAGUUCUUAAUCAAUGAGGAGGAACCAGAAGCAAAUACCGAAGAAAUUCAUCAAGUGACGUAAGCGUCAGGGUUCCCAGUUUCCAACAGAUGCUGUAAUGUGAAAACU